UUCAUCCACCAACGACCUUAUUUCUCGUCGUGGCGUCUUCAGCCGAAGACAUUAUGGCUCCGUUGAAUUGCUGCCGCAGGUGGAGACGGACGGCGGGGAGCUCAACGGACGGCGCUUCCGGGUGGAGAACGGAGAGGCGCUGGGCGAGACGGAAGAGAUAUUUGGUUCUCCUAGUACACCUGUUCUUGAAAACCCUGAAUAUCAAACCCGAUGGUACUUCAAGUACUUCCUGGUGCACCAAAACUAUGUGGGCUCCGACAACGAUAAGUCUCCGUUCUUCCUGUCUGUUGUACUUACGGAUGCCAAUAACCAAUGCGUCCCUCAGUAUCGCGCCAUCUUAUGGAAAAAGACGGGGGCGCAGAAAAUUAGUCUCACGUAUGCAGCUAACAAGCCCAUGACUGUGAAGCAAAUUCUAAGCAAUUUCCCGAAUAUGGAGAAACUGGACAAGGGACCCAAAGAAAUUUUUACUCCUGAUAUUCAAAAGGAUCUUCUUCUCUUAGAAGAACAAGAGGGAUCGGUGAACUUCAAAUUUGGUGUCUUGUAUGCUAAACCUGGUCAGACGAGUGAUGACGAAAUGUUUAGCAAUGAAAAUGGAAGUUCAGAUUUUGAUAGAUUUAUUAAUCUUCUAGGAGGUAAAAUUCGCCUCAAAAGUUGGGAUAAAUAUAGAGGAGGUCUUGAUGUCAA